AUGGACGGUACUGAGGGUCUCGUCCGUGGCCGCAAGGCUACUGACACUGGUGCUCCCAUCACCAUUCCCGUCGGUCCCGAGACUCUGGGCCGUAUCAUUAACGUCACUGGUGACCCCAUUGACGAGCGUGGCCCUAUCAAGACCAACAAGAAGCUUCCCAUUCACGCCGAUGCUCCCGAGUUCAUCGACCAGUCCACCACCGCCGAGAUUCUCGUCACUGGUAUCAAGGUCGUCGACCUCCUCGCCCCCUACGCUCGUGGUGGAAAGAUCGGUCUCUUCGGUGGUGCCGGUGUCGGCAAGACCGUCUUCAUUCAGGAGCUGAUUAACAACAUCGCCAAGGCUCACGGUGGUUACUCCGUCUUCACUGGUGUCGGUGAGCGUACCCGUGAGGGUAACGAUCUGUACCACGAGAUGCAGGAGACUUCCGUCAUUCAGCUUGAUGGCGAGUCUAAGGUCGCCUUGGUCUUCGGUCAGAUGAACGAGCCCCCUGGUGCCCGUGCCCGUGUUGCCCUGACUGGUCUUACCAUUGCCGAGUACUUCCGUGACGAGGAGGGACAGGAUGUGUUGCUCUUCAUUGACAACAUUUUCCGUUUCACCCAGGCCGGUUCCGAGGUGUCUGCCCUUUUGGGUCGUAUCCCCUCUGCCGUCGGUUACCAGCCCACCCUCGCCGUCGACAUGGGUGGUAUGCAGGAGCGUAUUACCACCACCAAGAAGGGUUCCAUUACCUCCGUCCAGGCCGUCUACGUCCCUGCUGACGAUUUGACUGACCCUGCCCCUGCCACCACCUUCGCUCACUUGGACGCCACCACUGUCUUGUCCCGUGGUAUCUCCGAGUUGGGUAUCUACCCCGCUGUCGACCCUCUUGACUCCAAGUCUCGUAUGCUGGACCCCCGUAUUGUCGGCCAGGACCACUACGACACCGCUACCCGCGUCCAGCAGAUCCUCCAGGAGUACAAGUCUCUCCAGGAUAUCAUUGCCAUUCUGGGUAUGGACGAACUUUCUGAGGCUGACAAGCUCACCGUCGAGCGUGCCCGUAAGAUCCAGCGUUUCCUGUCUCAGCCCUUCACCGUCGCCCAGGUUUUCACUGGUAUCGAGGGUAAGCUCGUUGACCUCAAGGACACCAUUGCUUCUUUCAAGGCUAUCCUGAGCGGUGAGGGUGACUCCCUUCCCGAAGGUGCCUUCUACAUGGUCGGUGACUUUGCCUCGGCCAAGGAGAAGGGUGAGAAGAUUCUGGCGGAGUUGGAGAACAACUAA